GCUGUUUUGCGCAGUGGCCCACAGAGGAACUUGGGCACGAUGGAUACCACCACUUUUGCCCCCACAACUGGCCCUUCAAGCAAGAAUGAAAUUCCCAUUAAUAAUGCUGCAGACAUUUCUGUGAUUGUGGUGUAUUUUGUGGUUGUCCUGGCAGUGGGUCUAUGGGCUAUGGUAAGAACAAGCCGUGGAACAGUUGGAGGAUUCUUCUUGGCUGGGCGCAGUAUGGUGUGGUGGCCGAUUGGGGCCUCUCUGUUUGCAAGUAACAUCGGUAGUGGACACUUUGUGGGCCUUGCAGGAACAGCAGCUGCUGGUGGCAUUGUGAUUGGAGGCUUUGAAUGGAACGCAUUGGUGAUAGUCGUGUUCCUUGGCUGGGUCUUUGUGCCAAUUUACGUAAAAGCAGGGGUUGUGACAAUGCCUGAAUAUUUAAGAAAACGUUUUGGCGGGAAUCGGAUCCGUAUUUAUCUAUCUGUUCUAUCUCUGCUACUGUACAUCUUCACCAAGAUCUCUGCUGAUAUGUUUUCAGGAGCCAUCUUUAUCCAGCAAGCAAUGAAGAUUAAUAUCUAUAUAGCAAUAGUAAUGCUGCUCCUAAUUACAGCUGUGUACACUGUCACAGGAGGUCUUGCUGCUGUUAUUUAUACAGACACCCUGCAGACUAUCAUAAUGCUUGUGGGAUCCUUUAUUCUUAUGGGUUUUGCCUUCAAUAAAGUUGGAGGAUAUGAGGCCUUUAUGGAUAAAUAUAUGAAAGCAAUUCCAUCUAUGGUAAUUGAUAAUGGAACUUUAAUUGAUGCGAAAUGUUACACUCCACGAGCUGACGCAUUUCACAUCUUCAGAGACCCUAUCAAUGGAGACAUGCCAUGGCCAGGUCUCAUUUUCGGUCUGACAAUUCUGGCUCUAUGGUACUGGUGUACAGAUCAGGUGAUUGUACAAAGAUGUCUCUCUGCCAAAAACAUGUCCCAUGUGAAAGCUGGUUGUACGCUGUGUGGAUAUCUCAAGUUGCUGCCUAUGUUUCUCAUGGUAUUUCCAGGAAUGAUCAGCCGUAUCUUGUACACAGAUGAAGUAGCCUGUGUGGUGCCUUCUGAAUGUAAAAGGAUCUGUGACACUGAAGUUGGAUGCACUAACAUUGCUUACCCAAAAAUGGUAAUAGACCUGAUGCCAGAUGGUCUGCGAGGUCUGAUGCUCUCGGUCAUGUUAGCGUCUCUUAUGAGUUCUCUAACCUCCAUCUUUAAUAGCGCCAGCACCCUGUUUACUAUGGACAUUUACACAAAGAUCCGAAAGAAGGCUUCAGAGAAAGAACUGAUGAUAGCAGGGAGGAUCUUUAUACUCUUUCUAAUUGGCGUGAGCAUUGCCUGGGUCCCCAUCCUGCAGUCUGCACAGAGCGGGCAGUUGUUUGAUUACAUACAGUCCAUCACUAGUUACCUGGGACCACCUAUUGCAGCUGUUUUCUUUCUUGCUAUUUUUGUAAAAAGAGUGAAUGAGCAGGGAGCGUUUUGGGGAUUAAUAGUUGGCCUUCUUAUUGGCCUAUCUCGGAUGAUCACAGAAUUUGCCUAUGGUACCGGGAGCUGCGUGAAACCCAGUAACUGCCCCAAGAUCAUCUGUGGAAUUCAUUAUCUGUACUUCGCUAUGAUAUUGUUUGCUGCCAGCUGCAUUGUUAUUCUCGCUGUAUCAUUCAUGACCAAACCCAUCGCCGAUAAGCAUCUGUACCGCCUAUGCUUUGCCCUGAGAAACAGCAAGGAGGAACGAGAGGACCUGGAUGCAAAUGACUGGAUAAAUGAAGACGCUGAUGACGAUUAUGAUGAAGAAGAAAAAAAGGUGAGCUGUUUGAAGAAAUCCUACAAUUGGUUCUGCGGUUUCGAUGAAAAGAAGGCUCCUAAACUGAGCCCAGAGGAACAGAAGGCUUUGGAUGCCAAGAUGACAGACACCUCUGAGAAGCCAUUAUGGAGGAAUGUAGUGAACAUCAAUGGCAUCAUCCUGCUCGCAGUGGCUGUGUUUUGCCAUGCUUAUUUUGCCUAGGUGCUAUGUGCAGUCUUUGGAAUGACUCUAAUCUAUAUGUACCCGGCCUCUGCUGCCACCAGAUGAAAUAUUAAUUUAUGAUUGGCAGAGCCAUAAGAUGUACAACAUAGACCACUGCCAGAAGUGAAACUAAUGUAUUACAAACAGAAUGUGUAUUUAUAGUGAAGCACAAAAGUGGUCCGUCCUGUUCUAAGCAGUUAAUGUCUGUAUGUCCCUAAUAAUAAUGUUUAUAGUUCCUGUAUGUGCCAACCAUAUAUUGGAGAGAAAUAUGCAAAAACAAAACUAAUGGCAUUACUAUAAUUCUCUGUAGUUAUUCUGGAGAACUAGUAAAAUAUAUCUAAGAACAUUUUGGCAAAGAACCUACUAGAAAAUACUUAUAGCCCUCAAGUCUCAAUAGACCAUACAAGGUGUAGAAGUGCUAUUUGUUUACCACAAUAUACAACUGUAAUAAAAAUCAGUGGUUAAAGAUUC